UGCUGGAGGUGUGGCCAGGCCUGUACACACACCUCACCUCCCAGCUGAUGGCCCUGGUGUGGGGCAAGGUGGCGCUGGUGCUGGAGGUGUGGCCAGGCCUGUACACACACCUCACCUCCCAGCUGAUGGCCCUGGUGUGGGGCAAGGUGGCGCUGGUGCUGGAGGUGUGGCCAGGCCUGUACACACACCUCACCUCCCAGCUGAUGGCCCUGGUGUGGGGCAAGGUGGUGCUGGUGCUGGAGGUGUGGCCAGGCCUGUACACACACCUCACCUCCCAGCUGAUGGCCCUGGCGCGGGGCAAGGUGGAGCUGGUGCUGGAGGUGUGGCCAGGCCUGUACACACACCUCACCUCCCAGCUGAUGGCCCUGGUGUGGGGCAAGGUGGUGCUGGUGCUGGAGGUGUGGCCAGGCCUGUACACACACCUCACCUCCCAGCUGAUGGCCCUGGCGCGGGGCAAGGUGGCGCUGGUGCUGGAGGUGACCAGUCUGACCUCACCCAAACAUUGUGGCAGGAACUGAGCACCACACAUCCACACACUGGGUGGGUGGUGCCUGCCGUCCAGGCCAAGAGUGCCGCCCACACCCUCAGUGCCUUGCUGGGCCACCACUGCCCCCCUGG